CAGAUAGAUUUUGACAACAAACCAGUAAAUGGCCCCAAGUCAGAAUCCAUGGAAUUCAGUGAAUGUGGUCAUGGUGAAAAACAAAGGUUGAAGCUGAGCCCACAUACUCUUGAAAAUGUCCCGAAUAAUGAAGAAGAAAGCAUGACCGGUAUAGAAGUGGACAAGUGGACACAAAACAAGACCUCACAUUUCACCAUCCACGUCAAAGGAGAUUUUAGCGGAACCGCGACGGAGUCGGAAAAGUCGAAAAACCCCGAAGACGACGGAAAAAAAAUCCCUUUCGGCGACCUCGUUGGACCCCAAAAGUUGUUUGCACAAACAGUUAGAAACGGCAUAAAAAAUGUACACUAUUCACCAGCAGAACCGGAUGUGUCCCUGAAGAAAAUCAAGAUUGAGGAAAGCGUGGACGUGAUCGGCCAUGAAAACGAAGGCAACUUUCACACCUGCCUGGGAAACACUACUAAAUCUUACAGCACAGUAAGCACUUUGGCAGCUGGAGUCUGCUGUGUCCACCACAAGAAGGAAGGCAAUGUUUUGGUGAGGCAGAAGACCAACCUCACGUGUAAACUCUUCCAAGAUUCUACAGGCUUUGCUGUGACUAACCAGCCCAGUGUCCAGGAGAAAGUGCUGCAUAUCCUUUCCCCUGAAAAGGAGUUGGAUGAAGAGGAAACGGGGGAGAGCGGCGUAGACCGGGAGGGAAAGCAAGAUGGCUCUCCUGUCCAACCCAGUCUUCUGUCACUGAUGAAAGACCGGAGGUUAACUCUUGAGCAGGUGGUGGCUAUAGAAGCUCUGACUCAGCUCUCGGAGGCUCCAUCGGAAAACUCUUCGCCAGCUAAAUCGGAAAAGGAGGAAGAUGCAGAACAGCUGACAGCCAACUUACUUCACAGCUGCAAAGCCAUCCUGUGUUCCGUCGAGUCUUCCACGGGGAAGGAGCUCCAAGACCUAAACUUCCAAGCUGAAGCGCAAGUCCUCGCUCACCGUCCACCCUCAGAAAAGCAGCUCCCGAACAAAACGGUCUUGUACAAUGGCCAGAGUGCUCCUUCUAAAGCGCGUGACAGUUCUGCUGCAGACUGGAGCCCGUUGCUUAAACCCCAAGAUUUUCCGAGGGUACCCAAAUCGAUGUCCGUGGUAGUCCCUAGCUGGGAUUCCCCUAAGAAUCACACCAACAGGGAAGUCAUCCUUCAAGGCCGGUUUCCCGCCGACCGCUGUUUCAAGAGUAGCUCGCCGUCAAUGAGUGACAACUUAGGACCCUGCGACCGGUCAUGGGAAAUCUCCGGUGAGAAGCUGGAUUCAAAAACAAACUCGGUUUGUCCAGAUGCCGCGCACAGUCAGAUCGAAGAAGAUGUAGCCACCCAGCUGACCCAGCUGGCGUCGAUAAUUGAGUCGAACCAGACAAAGCCCGAGGAGAGGGAAGGUGGCACUAUGCAGCCCGGCCUCGGGUCACGUGGUGCUCAGCAAAAACACAAUCAGGAACAAUGCACACUGCCGCAGAAACUGCCUGUAAUUGUACGGAACAAUCACGGCCCUUUGUUAGGAAAGCAAAAGCAGCCAACCCAUAAAAAGGGAAAAUCUGCACCAUGGAAACAAAGACUGAAAAAGAAGCCCCAAGUAGCAUGUUGUCAACAGAACGACCAGAGCGAACAGCAACAGUUGGCGUGCCAGUACAGUGAAUUUCACGACCUCUGGAUCGCGUCCAAAUUCCAGAGAUUUGGUCAGUUUUCCCCACAUGAGUUCCACGCCACCCUGAUAGAAAAAACCCCUCUCCGAACCAAAGUUCCGAAGCCACUGAAUCAAAGUACUUUCUCGUCCCAACACAAAAAGCUAUUUCCUCCCGUCACUCAGAUAAAAUUCAACAGACAUUCGCCCGAGUCGGUGCCGGAGAGAGCGAGAGAUCAGCCGUUUGGGUUCGAAGGGGGGACUGAGCAUGUCAGAACCGUGGGUCCCGGCGGCCCGCGAGGUAUCGAUCCUCUGAAAGGUAGUACAGCGGACAGCGGGGACCCUGUUAACCCUCUCUCUGUUUCCCAGUUUAAAACCGAAUCCUGUACGUCGAGUGAUAACGUACAGGUGUUUACAGAAAAAGCGAACAAUUCUCAGGUACAGCAAACAGUGAAUGUCAAUCAGAAGGAUCAUUCUUUGCGCCAGCCUCUUAAUCCGCCUAGCCAGAAAGCUAAUGUGACAGGUGUUGAAGACCAGCAGGACAUUAAAGAGCAACCAAUGAAUCAGAGACUGCAAACACUGCCUGCCUCCUGUUCGGAGACCCCGUUACAAGACACAGUAAAAACUCUCAGGAAUGUAAAUGCAGUGUGUCCGGGUGGAAUUACAGUUCUAUCAUCAAACAGCGUCGGGGCAGAAAACUCACCCAGUGCCGGAGAGUCCGGAUCCUCUCCGGUGAAGAAUACACUCAGCAGUUUCCUCGAAUCUCCCAUGAAGUUCCUCGAUACCCCUACGAAAAAUCUCAUCGAUACCCCUACCAAAAAAGGACAGGCGGAGUUUCCAACCUGCAACUGUGUCGAACAAAUUAUUGAAAAAGACGAAGGUCCGUAUUAUACACACCUGGGGACAGGACCAAGUGUGGCUGCUGUCAGGGAAAUCAUGGAGACCAGGUACGGUGCAAAAGGAAGAGCUAUAAGGAUAGAGGUAGUAGUAUAUACGGGCAAAGAAGGAAAAAGCUCUCAGGGGUGUCCGAUUGCAAAGUGGGUAAUAAGAAGAAGCAGCAACGAAGAGAAACUACUCUGCCUGGUCCGCCAGCGGGCGGGCCACCACUGUCAAACAGCUGUGAUUGUGAUCCUGAUCUUGGCUUGGGAAGGUAUUCCACAUCUCCUUGCUGAUACGUUGUAUCAGGAACUGACCCAGAGUCUCAGAAAAUAUGGCUGCCCCACAAGUCGGCGAUGCGCACUAAACGAAGAUCGUACCUGUGCAUGUCAAGGCCUUGAUCCAGAGACUUGUGGAGCAUCGUUCUCGUUCGGCUGUUCAUGGAGUAUGUAUUUCAACGGCUGCAAGUUUGCCAGAAGCAAGAACCCCAGAAGAUUCCGGCUUCUCACCGAUGAUCCCAAGCAAGAAGAAAGUCUUGAAAAUAAUUUGCAGAAUCUGGCUACAGAUGUAGCUCCUGUGUAUAAGAAACUUGCUCCUGAUGCUUUUCAAAAUCAGGUGGAAAACGAACAUCUUGGCCCAGAUUGCCGUCUCGGCUGUAAGGAUGGUCGGCCAUUCUCUGGGGUUACUGCCUGCAUAGAUUUCUGUGCCCACGCCCACAAGGACACACACAACAUGCAUAAUGGAAGCACUGUGGUUUGUACUUUAACAAAGGAAGAUAACCGUUCAGUGGGUGCAGUUCCCAAAGACGAGCAGCUCCACGUGCUACCUCUCUAUAAAAUUUCCCAGACGGAUGAGUUUGGUACCGAGGAGGGACUGGAAGCCAAGAUCAAAACCGGGGCCAUUCAGGUGCUUACGGCCUUUCCCAGAGAAGUGCGGAUGUUAGCUGAGCCAAUGAGAGCCACUAAGAAAAAGAAGCCAGAUACCCGGAAGACACCAGUUGAAAAGAUAGCACUGUCCGAGAAGAAGCUUUCAACCCCAAUUAAGCUGAAGAAUGGAGCUCCUGAGAGUCACGGCAAACCUCUGCAACAUUUAGGAAACCAAACCGAGACUUUUCAACCCGAAAUAAAAGCGGAAUCGCCAGAGCCGGUUUUCUCCAUCAGACGUGCCGAAAACACUAAAACCUACUCAGCGAUCAAACAGUUCUCUGCGCACCCCCCGCUGAAGGCAGCCAACUUACCUCCAAGUACCACCUCAAAGCCCGGUGUAGCGGCCACAGGCUCGUUCCAGAAAGAUGCCGCGGUUCCCUACGGGUAUUCAGAAUGGGGGGGCAACCCGCCCCGCACGAUGCCUUCCUCGAGGUGCAUUGGUGCCAACGCCGCCAGCGGGGAGUGCCCGGCGAUGUUGUGGCCUCGUUGUUUCGAGGCGGCCCCGGACCCGGCUCCCACCGCGCCAGACCGCCCCGCCCACGCCGACCCUCCGGCCGGUUCCCCCGAGCCGCUCGGCGCCGACGGGCCCAUCCGUCGGCCCCUGCUCCUCCGCCCCCCUGCCUCCCGCUUCCCCGAUGCUUGCAGCCCCACCUCGGUGACGGCCGACUCCGCGACGAAAGAGGCGGGCGAGGGAGAAGCCCGGAGCCUGGGCCCGCCCCCGGCAGACGGAGGGGGACCGGGGCCCGAGCCCGCCCGCCUCCCGACCCCCGUGGAGCGGAGAGACGCGGACGAGCCGCCGGGAGACGGGGAGGAGAAGGCAGAGGAGCUGUGGUCCGACAGCGAGCACAACUUCCUGGACGACAACAUCGGCGGGGUGGCCGUGGCGCCGUCCCACGGUUCGGUGCUGAUCGAGUGCGCCCGGCGGGAGCUUCACGCCACCACCCCCAUCCGGAAGCCCAACCGAAACCACCCCACGCGCAUCUCCCUGGUCUUCUACCAGCACAAGAACCUGAACGAGCCGAGGCACGGCUGGGCCGCCUGGGAGGCCAAGAUGGCCGAGAGAGCCCGGGAAAAAGAGAGAGAGGCCGAGAGGUUAGGAACCGAAAACUCGGGUUUGAAACCCAUCAACCGCAAGACCAAGCAGGCCAGCGAGAGCCCUGAGAUUUUCUGUGAGGGAAACGAAUUAAACCAGAUUCCUUCCCGCAAAGCAUUAACGGUCACUCAUGACAACAUCAUCACAGUGUCUUCUUACGCUCUCACUCAAGUCGCCGGGCCGUACAACCGUUGGGUCUGAAGGCUCCUUCCUACCGUUGACUUUAAGCCUUGCCUUGGUGCAGUGUUACAUUUCUUCCAGGUGCUGUUUAAAAGAACAAAAUCAUGUUGUAGUUUACUCUUUGCUCAUCUCAACCAUUUUAAGGCUGAGGUAAAGAAAAAAAACAACCGAAACCCCGGGGGAGGGGGUGGGGGGGUGUUUCUUAACUGUGACUUUAUAUUUUGACAAUUGGUGGUGCUCAAGCACAUUUUAAGCAAAAAAAAAUACGAAAAAAAGGAAAAGGUUUUAUAGUUUUUAAUAUGUUACUCAAGAACAGUUUUGGUUAGGUUGUUAACCUUGAUAGAAUCAUUCAGUUUAUUACCUUUAGGA